AUGGCAGAAGAAGGACAGCAAUCCACUCCGCUCCCACAUAUCAACACCUAUCACUGCUUGUGUACCACUCUGAUCCUGACCACCACGCAUGCACUUGAAUCCCUCCCACGCCGGGCUGAACCGGUCCAGGACGGCGCUGUUAUAUUGGCACCUCCGGUCGACUUGACCGCAUCGGAAAAUGUGGUGCACGACAAAUCCAGGCCUUCUCAGUCUGUCCUCCUCAAUACCGUCUCCGACCGUAGACCUGUGAUCAUUCGACGAGAAGAUGGGUUCGAGAAGAGGACGCUUUUAAGAUGUGGGAGAUGCAGGCUGGUCAUAGGAUACAACCUCGACGAUGCGCAUUUUGAGAACGCGGGGCAGAUCACAGGGCAAGAGAGGCCAGUGUAUCUGCUUCCAGGAGGCAUGCUCGCUACAGCCGACAUGGUCAGUGGGAAGAGGGCAGAAGUCCCACCUUGGGCAGAGAAUAUCGGUGGCGGAUGA